UGUUUGAGCUCUGCGCCUCUAACGGUGGAAGAGUGCCGGAGAUCUGCGCGCUUUCUCUCUCCUCAGAGCCGGUAAUAGGGACGGCAUCCGCGCGUCUUCACGCAGUCAGGAAACGUGUGCGUGUGUGUGCGCGCGCGGAUGUGUGUGCGUGUGUUUGUGUGGGUGUGUGUUCAGGUAAUUUGUUUGAGGUGAGUUAUUUGUAUUGUGGUGAAGAGAAGCGUCCAGGCGUCGCACAGCCCGAGGCACCGGCGCACCUGCGCUUUAACGGCUUACCGGCGUUUAACGGCGGCGCUUCAGCGACGUUCCGACAGACCGCCAGCUGGAAACUGCGAUAUUUCUGCAAGAGGAUGGGGUGUGUGUGUGGUCCCAGUGGGCUGCAGGCUCUCUUAGUGCUCCUCUGUCUCUUCACUGGAUGUGGUCUGAGUGAAGCAGAAACUCUCGUUACUGUGCGCAAAGUAACGCACCUCGCAGUGCAAGAGCCUCUCGCAGGCUCCGCCCUCCUUCCUUGCGUCCACACCCUGCCACUUGGCUCCUCCCACCAGGGUAAGACUCCGCAUUUGCGAUGGACCCGCCUUCAGGGUAACACAGAGACCACUGUGCUCUCACUCAGGAAUGGGGAAGUUCAUGUACAGCGGGCGUACGAAGGUCGGGUCAGUCUGCCGGGGUACCACUCAAACAGCCUGAACGUCUCACUGGCUCUCUCCCAGCUCCGCACCAACGACUCUGGGACCUUUCUCUGCCACGUGAUCCUCGGGGACACUUACGAGCAGGACACUGUCACACUGGAGGUUACAGGGGUUGUGUUUCAUUAUCGCACACUGGCCGAGCCCUACUCUCUGUCAUUUGUGGACGCCGAGCGUGCAUGUGAGCAGAACUCGGCUCAGAUAGCGUCUCCAGAACAACUCUGGGCUGCUUUCCACUCAGGCCUGGACGAGUGCUCGGUCGGCUGGCUCAGCGAUCAGACAGUCAGGUAUCCGAUUCAGAAACCAGAACUGGGCUGCUACGGACACAGCGAAAAUGUGCGAGGAGUGAGGAAUUAUGGGAAGCGAGAUGCCAAUGAGCUGUUUGACGUGUACUGCUUCGCCAGCAUCAUGCAAGGUGAAGUGUUCCCGGUGUCAGCUCCAGGGAAUCUCACCCUGGCCGAGGCCGUGGCUCAGUGCACGGUUCUGGGCGCUCAGCUGGCCACAGUGGGUCAGUUCCAUCUGGCAUGGCGCUCUGGCCUGGAGCACUGUGAACCUGGGUGGCUUGCAGAUGGCAGUGUGAGGUACUCAGUGAUUAAACCCCGUCCUGAGUGUAGGAGUGGAGAACCGGGAGUCUACACUGACUCAUCCACAGAGCUCGCCAACGGGACUGCUAUGUUCAGUGCAUACUGCUACAGAGAAACACAGCAUUCCUCUACUGAGCCACCUGUCCCCCAGCCAUCAAACUGGACCAGUCAAGUGGAUCUGGACACUGAGCCCAUUAUGGUCAGCGAAUUCGUCCCUGAUGAUUAUAUUAUGGCACGUCUCUGUGUAGAGGAUGGCUCCCUAGACUGGAGUAACCAGGAAGAUUCCCCCCAAAAUAGCUGGCAGGACAUCUCUACCCCACUACCUGACAUCACCACUGAGAGGCCCAGAGAGGAAAAUAAGGACAAUGAAGUUACAACAGUUCCCUUGCCAACACCAACCACAGCUCAGAAGAAAGACUCCUUCAGAAAUGCCAUGAGCUCCUGGUGGAAACCCUGGAACUACCUGACAGGAAAUGAUGAAGAGGUGAAGGACACCACUCCGAGUCCUCUUACCACAGUGCCGGGUGUGAUUAGCACUAUGGUCCUCGAAGUGUCUUCAAGCCCAAAGUCUACCGCUUCUCCAGCAUCAGGUCCAGUGUCAUGGUGGUCACAGUCAUGGUUCAACAAAUUUUCCUCAACUGUAGAUAAAACGACUGUAUCCCCUCAGCUUGAGAACACAGAAGCCUCAUCGGCAGUCCCAGUCGAGACCACCAGAGAAGACCUGGACCAAAGCAUGACCACAGCCACAGGAGAUUGGGCAGUGGUGACCGAGGUUCUCCAGCUUGAAAGUAUGACACCUGACUUGGAGAAGGAGGUUGUGCCCUCUGUAAUUUCACUCAAGCAUGACGAAGAAGACAAGGAGAAAGUGAUUGGGCUACCGCAAGAGGAAUUUGGAGAGGACAGGAGGACAGAGGCAGAGGGUAGCUCCUGGGGGGAUGUGGACCUAUCAGAAAGCACCACCAAAACCCUAACAACAGGGCAAGUCUUAACUAGUAUGGCUCCUAGCAUCAAAGGGACUGUAGUUACAACUACACAGCAAGUGGAAGAGAUAACUGCCGCAGAGGCUCGAGGAGAGAUCCAGUAUGAACCCAGGACCAGAGCAAGCCAACCUCACCAAAAAAUAACCACCACGUUUGUCUCAACGACUUUGGCUGGUUCAGAAAGGGAAGCAGGAGCCCAGACCACCUUGAUUCCUGAUCUUCCCACUUCGUCUUCUCAAAGCCUGACAGAAAGAGGAGUCAUCUCUCCCACGGCUUCCGAUGAGCACCAUCUGUCAAUCUUUGGUACCCUGUUGCCUGGCAACCCAGAGAGUGGCCUUGGCAACUCUGAUUCCAGCAGAAACAAUGGAUCUGAAGCUAUGGACAGGUGCAGUUGCUUGCAUGGCGGGACGUGCCUCCCCCAUGACGAGGGCUUCCAGUGUUUCUGCCCACAGGGAUACACAGGAGAGAGCUGUGAAAUCGAUGUAGAUGACUGUCUGUCCAACCCAUGUGAGAACGGAGGAACCUGCAUCGAUAAGGUGGACUCCUUCAUCUGCCUGUGUUUGCCCAGCUACAGUGGAGACAUGUGUGAGAAAGACACUGAAGGCUGUGACCAUGGCUGGAAGAAGUUCCACGGUCACUGCUACAAACUUUUCACCCGCCGGCACACCUGGGAGGACGCAGAGAAGGACUGCAGAGAGCUCAGCGGCCAUCUGACCAGCGUCACCUCCAGCAUGGAGCAGGACUUCCUCAACGGCCUGGGCCAUGAUAAUGUGUGGAUUGGGCUGAACGACAGAACAGUGGAGGAAGAUUUCCAGUGGACUGAUAACAUGGACCUGGUAUAUGAGAACUGGCGCGAGAACCAGCCGGAUAAUUUCUUUGCAGGUGGAGAAGAUUGUGUAGUGAUGAUCUCUCGAGAGGAUGGCAAGUGGAACGAUGUGCCUUGUAACUACAACCUGCCCUACAUCUGCAAGAAGGGCACAGUGAUGUGCGGCACUCCUCCUGCUGUGAGAAACACGUAUCUUGUGGGUCGGAGGCGGGCGCACUACGACAUCCACUCAGUGGUGCGUUACCAGUGUACUGACGGCUUCUUCCAGAGACACAUCCCGACGGUGCGCUGCCGACCCGAUGGCACCUGGGAGAGGCCCAGGAUCGUCUGCACCAAGUCACGGAGGUCUCACCGUUACCGCCGGCAACAUCAUAGAUAUCACCACGAGCACCGGCGACACCGCAGACACGGCUCUGGCCACAGGGGGCGGGACUAGAGCCACCACUCGUCGCCUACAGGUCUCUGUGUGAUAUCACUUCCUUUAAUGGAAGUGAAUGGGCCUUCAAGGACAGAUAUGGUCAUACCUUUUUUCCCCCCUUACUCUUUCUCUUUUCCUAGAGUCUUUCUCUUCUUUCAAAGAAUGUGUUUUGACUCAUCCUUUCUCUGUACAUGUUUUCUUCGCUUUGGAUUUAGUUACAAUGUUCAUUUCCAUCUCGCUAAAAAAGGAAACUGACUCUUCUAGCUUCGCCGCUAAUAUACAACCUAGUCGUGGGUGUUUACUAAAAUUCUUGGAUAUGAUGAUUGCAGGUCAUGUUCUCCUAAGUAUGUCAUUAACCUGUGUGUUUGAAGCAGGUUUAUGCCUUCAUAGGACGUUUGUAUUAAUUAUUGUUGUAGGAGCAGAAUGUUCUCAUAGGUCUUGCUGAGUAUCUGUUUGAUUAGAGUUCUGUAUAUCUACUUUGUAGUGCAAUAAUAAAUUCUUUAAUCAAUGUCACCCAAACCUCCCAGAAAUGACACGUUGUCAUAUUACUCUAUUGGCGAUGCCUGUAUAUAUUACAGUGAACAAUAAUCAGUCCUUGUUAUGGCAUAAUAAAUGAUUUUUUUUAUUCAUAAUUUUUCACAAGAACCAAUGUGUAAGGUUGCAGAUGUACAAAGUUGAAAAAAAAAAAAGAAAAACGUCUCCACACAAAUCUCUGAGCAUCACAAUGUUUCAAAGAGUUUGCUUUUUCUGUCUUACUGUUUUUUUCAUAACCGCCCCAAAACAGAUGGAGGAUUGUUACAUUUCACUAAAAUUUAGAAAAGAAAGUAGACAGAAAGGAACCACUAUUAAUAAAUGAUUACAAGUUUCUCUUCUGCAAUCACAGUAUUUAGCACCCUUCCAAUCCACUGCAGUGUUAAUUAAAAAGUCGUUUGCUAAAAAAAAAGACAGUUCAAAUUAGCACAUUACAUCUAAUUAAUGUAUCUUGGCGCAUAUUUUAUGAAUUACCACUUUGUUUUACUGUUAAAGGUGUUGAAAUGCAAAGCAAUAUUUGUUUAUUUGGCUGACACAUGAGUUUGUACGUUGAGUUAUGUAGUUAAAAAUGUGCUAAGGUGCUGGAACUGAAAGCGUAGUGGGAAUGCCAUUUCUUUCCUCAAAAAGAAUGAGCAUACUAGAAGAUGAAAAAACAAGGAUGCUAAAGUACACGUUUAAAUCCUACUCGAGGUGAACUCUGACACAAUGAUACAACAGGGACCAAUACAGUGGAAUCCAAAAGUCUGAGACCACAUUGAAAAUCUGGGUUUUUUUUUUUCAUUUAAAAUUAGAAAUAAACAGAAGGCUUUACAAUUUUGAAACAUUUAAAACAAAGAAAGUACAUGUUUAAUAUUUUGAAUAUUUAAUAUUCAAGAUUUUGCACUAAGUCCCUCUUUAAAUGGAUGCAAAUAUGUGACCAUGUUAUCUGCUUUGUCCAAAAGGUCAGAUUUUCCUCAUGCCUAAUCUCUUCUAUUGAAGCAUGUGUUCAGACAACACUUUGAUGGAUUUGAUCUAAAAUGGAUCAUAAGGUUUUACUUGCAGAGUCCAUGCUAGCUCGAGAGCACACUGUCAUUAAAGCAGAAAGGGGAAAGAAUCAAAAACUAAGAAAGAUUUUACUUUUCACUCAAGCUGUUGUCAAUAAUAUCAUUUGUAAUGAAAAUCGUUGUAUUAAAUUAGAAAUUUUCACUAGUGCUCUCAGACUUUUGGACCCCAUUGUAAAUCACUAGCCGUGAAAAUAUAGAACAUGUAAAUCACUCCUGUCAACAUAUAGAGAGAAAAUAAGACUCAAAUAAUAGCUUUUACAUGUUCAUUUCCCUAGGUAUUAAUGCACGUAACUAGCUAACUAGCUCACCAUACGUUAUUACAUUCUAGCCUGAGCAUUUUACCUGCCUAGUGGGCUAGCUACUGAAUUUAUGAUUUGUCCACCACCUGUACAAUGGCCAAUUGUAUAUAUUUAUCUCAUAUAGUCUUGAGGAGGCAAAAUCUUCUUUAGUUUUGCACUGGAGCUGUGCAGCUAAUGUAGCUAACAAGUAAUGACGCUUAUGGCCACCGUUUGCAUGCGGUUUUUGACACUGUAUGACCUUCUGACACCACCACCAUUGUAGGAAAUGUGGAGGUUGUCCUGACCAUGGGGCAAGUGAUGGCCCAGGGGCUCAAUUUGCCCUUUCUGACCAAAAUAUGUUGGGUACAAUGUAGGUUCGUCCCUAUUUCAAGCGUUAUAUAUGGCCUGUGAACUGGUAUAAAGGAUAUAAAUCAAAAUUCAGCUGUUUUAAACCCAGAAUCGGUCGUAGUUUUGGGGGUGGGUGGAGGUAGGAGGCUGAGUAAUUCUGAUGUUAUAUGAAAAUCUUUACACAUAAAUGGUACUACUUAUCCAUACAAGUGGUCAUACACUCCUAGAACAUGUACUCAUACAGAAUCUGAGCACUAAUCUUGUCUUGGCGGAGGUAAGUCAAAAUUUUGUGCAAACCAAACGCAAGUCUGUCAUGUGACAUUCCUUUCACAAUUUUCUGCACAUCUCGCAGCUAUAUUGAGACUUUUCUUACUAAUUCUCCACGUCUGAUCUGACAGUAUAGACAUGAUACAAACAUCUGAAGGUACAUCAUGAGCUGAUUUUCCAGAGAUAUGAGACAGAUUUAGAAUAAAGGAGCUUUCUUGGAAAAGAUGUCUUCUUGUUUGAUCAUUAAAGCACACGCUGAAGCACAGCUGGCUCCUUAUUCCCUCGUAUUGUAUGAAAUAAUAGCUUCUACACCUACAACGCUGUGCAAAAGUCUUAGGCACCCUAUUUUUUUUUAGUACAAAAUUGUUAUAGAUUUUUAUUUUAUGACUUCUACAUUAUCAUGUUAGUACAAAGCAUUUUAGAUUUCCAAACAUUAGUGUUCCAGCACAAAAUGAAAUGUUACAGAAAAAUUUUGUAUGUCAGUAAAGAAAGCAGCAGAUUACAUAAGAGACACUUUUAAGACAAAAAACAGAAUGAAGGCUGCUGGGUUUUGCUGCAAAAAUAAGAAGCGAGUCGACAGUCAAGGUCUCCAGAAGAACUUUGACUGGUUCUGCAAGAUGCUCAGUAACACUUACAGCUCAUUUCCUUAUAAAACUGCACACACUGUACCUGAGACUACUUUUUAAAAAAAAAAAAAAAAGACAAAAGGCAAAGGGUCAUCAAACCAAAUAUUGAUUUUGUUUCAUUUAUUACUGUUUAAUGCUUGUUAUAGUAUUAUUUUAAUGUAGAAACAUUUAAUGUCAUUAUUUUUGAAGCCAUCUUUACUCUACAGCAUUUCUUUGCCUGUGCCUAAGACUUUUGCACAGAACUGUGUGUCCAAUAACCAGUUGGUAUUCAGUCAAAAUACUGUAUGUACUAUAUGCAUUCUCCUUCAUGCAAUUAUUUAAUCAGCCAGUCAUGUGGCAGCAGCACAAGACUUCAACUCAUGCAGAUACAGGUUGAGCUUCAGUUGAAGAUAGGAAAAAUGUCGCCUGAUCUUUUUCCAAUCUUCAACUGUCCAGUUUCGUUGCUAUAGUGCCCACUGUAGUGUCAGAUUUCUGGGCUUACCUGACAGGAGUGGAAAACGAUGUGGUCUUCUGCUGUUGUAGUCCAUCCACCUCAAACAUGAGAUGCUUUUCUGCUCACCACGGUUGGACAGAGUGGUUAUUUGAGUUUCUGUAGCCUUCCUGUCAGCUGAAACCAGUCUGGCCAUUCUCCUCUGACCUCUCUCAUUAACAAGGCGUUUGCACCCAUAAAAUUGCCGUUCACCGAAUGUUUUUUUUUUUUUGCACCAUUCUGUGUAAACUUUAGAGACCGCUGUGCAUUAAAAUCCCAAGAGCCGUUUCUAUAAUACUCAUAUCAGUCCAUCUGGCCUACAAAUUGGUACAUUUUAAAUUCCAAUUGUAAUGGCACAUUUCUCAUCCCAUCUUAUGUAGUGCACCAUAUGUGUAUUAGUGAGCCAUAUGGGAUCCAGGCAGUGUGUAAUUGGAAGUGUAGGAGUGUGUGAUUCCAGACCUUGUUAAAGCAGGAAGACCCAGUGUGAAAAAAAAUCAUCUUAAAUAUUGGUGAAUUUAUAUAAUGUUUCUUAUUAUGAGAUUAAUAUAAGUAAGUGUAAGAUUAUUGAAGCCAUUUCUAAACAUAUUUAAUAAUCAAGUUUGAAAUUGUUCAGUGGCAGAAAAAUUUGCCUCUUUCUAAAAAUAAAUGCUAGAAAUAAUUAAAUCUGCUUAUUUCUAGGCUUUUUUUGUAACUUAAAAUGAGCAAAUGAGGCAUAAUAAUUUAAUUCUAAUCUCAUAAUAAGAAAUAUUAGGGAAAAAAAUCUUUUUUUUCACUUUUAUAUCUUUCUUAUGAGAUUUUAAUGGUUUCUUUUAGCAUGCACCAAUUUGUAUGAGGGUGUGUUGUGCAUAAUUAUGGGUUUCAUGCUACCCUGUGUGUGUGUGGGUGCAUAGUCAACUAUUUGGUUUGUUUCUUGUUUGUUUUUUGUUCAUCACCAUUUUUAGACCUGCAUUAACCAAUUCAGACUCAGACAUGUUAUAACAUUAGCAUUCAUCCAAUAGUAACUUCAUAACCUAACACAUUGUGGAUGUUCUGUUUCCGAGUGUCUGUUCAUAAACUCUACACGUGACUUAUUCUCUAAAAUUAGCUUGUUGUCUUCUUACUUGGAUUCACUGUGUUUCUUUAUAACAUGUAUAUGUUAGACGAAAAGAGUCCAACACAUAUUAUAGCUGUUAUUGAUCCAUGUUGCGUUUUUAUUCCUCUAACUGACUUUUGGUUUGUACAUCGUGAUCUGUUAUUGUACUUCUGUUUUAAAGAACCUUUGUACCGACCUCAGAGCUCGCAAUCUGAAAAACCCUCCCUGAUGAACUGUGUGUAAUAUUUCAGACAGAUGUCUCAGUACCAACCAGCAGAGGUUUCGUAAUUACCAUAUAGCGAGCUUCUGGAAUUUUCAUCACAUAAAUUCAUUUAAAACAGGUAACGUUGGGAGAUAUUUAUGAAUGUACUGUAAUUAGAUGAUGAUGGAGUUUGAGAGGACAAGUUGGAUUUGGUUUCUGAGAUAUUUAAUGUGUCCACUAUUUGGUGUUCUUAUGACUUCUCGUUGCUGUGUUUUGUUCUUUAUUAAACUGGAAACAGACAAACAAUAAAACUGAUUGCCUCAGUACUA